AUUCUUUAGAACAAAUUGAGACUCGAUGAAGGCAACAUCUAAAAACGCAACGAUUUCGACCUUAAUUGAUAAUUGACUAUUCCUAGAAGAAUUGAAAAUGUUUAUUAAUGCUAAUAUUGAAUCAGAUUUCGAAGGAAUUACUAAUUUGAAUCAACGAAGAUAAAACUCAAACGUCAAGAAUUCAAACGAUUAUUUAAGAAGAGAGGGCGACGAAUAUCCAGAUUUCAAGAGAGCGUCUAAUGAAUAUAAAUUGUUUGAAACUACGAAGAAUAGAUGUCGUUGAUCAUCCUGAAGAAAGAAGAAUUCAGUCGAAUAAUGAAAAGUCGCAGUUCGAGCCCGGGAAGGAUGACCGUCGUGCAGUCCAGCCCAGUUCCCGCCCACAGCCCGAAGGAUGGAGUCGUGACGGCGCGUAUUCCUGCCGCCCGCUAGAGACCGGAGGAGCAACACCGAGUUCACAGUCCUGACUGAGGCGAACCAAGGAUCCUUCGAGAACCUACACGUCUCAAGAGUACACGAGCAGCGGAGCACGAAGAGGCGUCCCCCCACUCCCCCACGGGGGGCGACAAGAGGCGGGGCAUGGCGCGGGGAAAGCGCCCGCCGCGACGCUAUAAGACGGCGACGCGCCACGCCCCUCCCGAGCUGAUCCCUGGCCGAACUCCGCCGGACGGACAGAGCUGACGGCAGGACCCCCCUCGGACUCAAGCAGACGCCGCGAUGCUCCUAGCGGGGAGCCAUCUCGCCAAGAUACUGCUGCUGGCGGCAGCGGUGUCGUGCCAGCAGUACGCCAGGGCGCCGCCGCAGUACCAGGUGCAGGACAGCGGGGACAGCCCGCAGCAGGUGGACUACACGGCCUACCUCGGGCCGCCCGCCCCGGCCAAGGCGCAGGCCGCGGAAGAGAAGGGCUUCCUGGAGCCCAUAGACUUCUCCGGGCUGUUCGCCGGCGCCAGCAGCGGCGUGGCGGCGCUGUCUCCCAGCAGCGGGCCCGUCCUCCGGAGCUUCUUCCCCGCGGCCGGCGGCGACCCCUUCUCCGCGCUGGGCAGCGCCACCUCCCACUUCCCCGCCGAGGUGGAGGCCGUGCCCAACAACGGCUCGGGCUUCACGAGCCCGCAGGUCCAGUUCCAGUCGCUGUUCGACGUCUCCGGGUCGGCCCCCGAGGCCGGCUUCCGGCCGCAGGACUUCCUGCAGCCCAAGAAGGCGAGCGAGGACGAGCAGGGCUCGGAGGAGGCGGACGCCUACUCGCCGUCCUACGACUACAAGUCGCCCUACGCCAAGGCCGCGCCCGGCUACCGCGGCGGGGCCAAGGACCACGAGCUGUACCGCGCGUCGCCCUCCGGCGAGAGCCCCGGCUACAGGCCCGAGUACACCGCCGGCCCGCCCAAGUACCUCAAGAACAAAUACGUGUCCGAAGUCGCCCCGGGAAAGUCCAGCUAUCCCGCACCACCUUCUUCCCCUGCUCUCUACUCCAGCCCUGGAGCUUACAGGCCUGUUUCAAGUGAAUCGAGACCAGAGAAGGCCAAAGCACAGGAAGAGUCUUACGGUGGAUACUCCUCGUAUGCGCCGCCGAACACAGAGUACCGUUCUGACGCCAGUGCAGCACCACAGGGGAAAUCGAUUUACCCCGUUCCGUCAUCGGCUUAUGGAGCAAAGUCUUCAGAAAGCAAUGCUUCACCAAACGAAAAAAGGACCUAUACCUCUUCCCCAUCGGAUAUCUACAAGCAAUUCGGCAUAGAAGCUUCUCAACCCUCCACCAUAAGCCAAGCAUCGCCCAAUACUGCGAUACCACAAGCUCCUAAAACACCUUCAGCUUCAUUCGGCAUCUACCCUUCAGUGUCCACCACACUUGGUUCAUACCUGCCACAGGCUACUGAUUACAGCAGCGUCCCGAGCAACCAGGGACCAAACUUUGAUAAAAGGGGAGCUGGUGCCCAGCCCAAAGAAGCGAGUGCCACAGAAAACCAAGAAAAAAAGUGCAAAAAGGUUGAAAAGCACGUGAGCUCUGAUGAUAUUGUCAAGGGGCGUUUCCGCCGUGAUGCUAUGUCGUGCUUCGUAUGUGAGGAUCCCAAAACAAAACUCAGCUACGAAAAAUGUUCCUAUGAGCCUGAACCACAAGGUUCAAAUUAUUUCAAAGGCCACACACAAUCUUAUAAGGUUAACCUCGCUAAGGCACCAGGUUUCAGGUUCCGAAGGGACUUAGCAAAAAUUAUAUUUGACUUUGAAAAAGAAUGGAACUUAGAGAGUACAAAAAUUUACCCAAGAAAGGUGCGGCAGCCAUCGGCGUCAGGAUAUGGUUACAGCGCAAAGGAUGGCUAUAAGUAUGGACCUGAUUAUUUUGGACCAUACUACGAGGAUAAAUACUCAUCCCCUGCUGAGUACACGCCAUCUGCCUCGGCGCCAGAUCCUAAAAACUGCAAGAAGGUCGAGAAAGAUAAAAUGACGUGCUACGAGUGCACGGACCCAAAGAAUGGCGGCACUUACGAGCAAUGCUCGUAUUCUGCUAAACCUAAGGAUAAAAACUAUUUCAUUGCACACGAGACCUCGUUCAACAAAGACAGCAAACACGAUAAGCCUCAGACGAAAAACGAGAGGAAUCGGAGGGGAUUCGCGGGGAAUGGCGACGGCGUAGGCGAAGCCUCAUCCCGCAUACCAAGAGAAGAUUCUGGUUCUGGGUACGGUUAUAAGGCCGAUGUCAAAGCCAGCGCACCAGCUAGCAGCGAAGGCGACAAAAGCUAUUAUUCUCCUAGCGAGUUCUCGACAAGUGAAAGUAAGGAAAAUAAAAAUACUGGACCGGGUUACGAGCCCUACGCGUACAGUGGACCUGACUACUACAAUGCCAAAGACAAGACAUCUGAAGGAAGUGGUCGUGUAGAAUCAUACUUCGAGCCGGGCCGCAACUACGACGAAUACUUUCGAAAGUUGUUUCCCGAACUAGUAGAGGCUGAAAAAACGUCUGCUAGCACAGAUGACUCUGAAAGACACGUGAAACCGCUCUACACGUACACUCCAUCCACGCCAUCAGAAUCUCAGAGUCAACACCUGAAGUCAGCACCACCAGGAUUCUUCACAAACAACGAAAACAAGAAAGACUUGGAGAAAGUACUGGGCGAGUUCAGCAAAAAGGACUGGUCUUCCUGCAAGAAAGUCAAUAAGGAUAAAAUGACAUGCUACCAGUGCGUCGACAAGAACGGCCUGCAGCACGAAGAGUGCAUGUUCGUGGCUGCUUCAGAACCGAAGACCCAGCACCUCGCCUACCACGAGAAGAAGGAGUUCAGCCUUAUACCACCGGAGAAAUCUCGCUAUGUUGAGUACUGAUGAACAUACAUGGACAUCAUCGAAGAAGAAAGCGUGCUUAAAAGAUGAAGUUAUUUAUGAAGACACACACUGAUGACAUGUUUCCAAUAUCGGCUUUGUGUGAUGGACUAAUGUGUAGAAAUCAUAAACCGCAUUGUGCACUGGCCAGAACAAUAAUUGUAUUGAAUUGCAAUUCCAUACUUGUUACGUGAACAUUUUUAGUACUUAUCAUAACUGACUAUUUUUAUUCUUUAAUCUGUAACCAGAGCAAGUCCAGAUUAUAAUUUAUGUACAUACUAACAACAUUAUAGGAAUAACUAACAAAUGCACCAUUUAGAUAUUGUAUACUGUCUUCCCACAAAUGGUGACAUAAACAGCAAUAUGGUACAAAUAUAAGUAUAGUUGUUGAAUAAAAUCUCACAAGUUUAAGCAUACCUACAGUAAUGUAGAUUCGAAACAAAAAUGGUAAGGUAUAUAGACACACAAAAAAUAAUUUAUGCCAAAGAAUAUUUAUUUACCUCUCCAACGGUUAAACUUUAUAAAUUAAGGGGUAAGUAAUAACUAUGUUAAAAAUUACUUGAAGCUGUGUUCAGGCAAUACAAUUGAGUGAUUAAAACUCAUCUAAUAUAUCUGUUAUGCUUUGAGAGAUUUUAGUUCUAAGUGUUAAAUAAAACAAGUUUAAAAAAACAAGUAUAUUGUUAGAAAACCAUUUUAGGUAGUACUUGUGAAUGAAACAUAUUUACAACGAGGUUUACGACUAACCAACUGGGCCUGUGAAAAAAAGUUCACUAAAACCAAGUAAAAAUUGUUUUAUGAUGAGAUACCUUUCCCAUGUAUCAAAAUCAGAGUUCUUUCAUGAAGCUCACCAUACAUUAGUACCACAAAUUUAU